GCCUUAUAUUGUCCUUCCCUCGCCAUCCUUCGCAACUAUCAUGGGCCGUGUCUUGCUCAAAGUUAUCAUCCUUGGCGACAGCGGGGUUGGAAAGACGUCGCUUAUGAACCAGUAUGUCAACAAACGCUUCAGUAAUCAGUACAAGGCAACCAUUGGUGCAGAUUUCUUGACGAAAGAGGUUAUGGUGGACGACAGGCUCGUUACAAUGCAGCUUUGGGACACCGCGGGGCAGGAACGUUUCCAGUCUCUAGGCGUCGCGUUCUAUCGAGGGGCAGAUUGCUGUGUCCUUGUAUAUGAUGUCAAUAGUGCCAAAUCCUUUGAGACACUUGACAGCUGGCGGGAUGAAUUUCUUAUCCAAGCCAGCCCACACGACCCAGAGAAUUUUCCAUUUGUGGUGCUUGGGAAUAAGAUUGACGUUGAAGAGGGGAAGCGACAGGUGACACAGAAGCGAGCGAUGACGUGGUGUCAGUCGAAGGGAAACAUACCCUACUUUGAGACGUCGGCGAAGGAGGCCAUCAACGUAGAGCAAGCUUUCCAAACUGUGGCCAAGAAUGCGCUGCAGCAAGAGGCGGAGGAACAACUAUACGUGGAUUACCCUGAUCCCAUACAGCUGGAUUCUGAGAGCUCGCAAAGCUAUGGUUGCAAUUGCUGAUCUAUCAACUACGCUUCUGGCGUCACUGAGGCCCUCGUCUUUCAUCAGCGUAUCAUGUUUACCCUACCUCCCUCCUGUUCAUACAUUCUAUUUUACUUACAUUCCGGUCACUUUUUUUUUUUGGCUUAUACACCUAAUCAUUCCAAGUCUUUAUCACUUAACGUCGUCAUUCUUGUAAAGGAACGAUUCCCUUAAGCGCUUGA